UGCUUGCACCCACCCCAGGACAGUCUCCCCAGGGCCCCGCGGGGACCAGGUGUCUCGGCGCCAAGAUGUGGCUUUGGCUCUGGCUGCUCCUCCUCGCAGCACAGCUGGCAGCUCUCCGCGGCAGCUCUUUGCUCCAGCAGACCCCUGGGGAGAAGGUGGUCCAGACCAACACCGCGGUGAGCCUAACCUGUGAAGACAAAAUCUCCCAAAACAGGCCUAUCUACUGGCUGAGACAGCGCCAGGCCCCAAGCGCGGACAGUCACCAUGAGUUCCUGGCCGCCGUGGAUUCUAAGAAGGCGCCUGUGUACGGCAAGGACGUGAGGGAGGAGAGGCUCAGUGUGAGUCAGGUGGCAUCCAAGUCAGUGCUCACCCUCGGGAGCGCGCAGCCUGCAGACAGCGGUGUCUACUUCUGCAUGACCAUCGGGACCCCCACGCUGACCUUCGGCAAGGGAACCCUGCUGACCGUGGUUGACGUCCUUCCCACCACUGCCAAGCCCACCACCAAGUCCACCCCUAAGAAGAUCAGGUGCCGGCCCCCAAGCCCGGUGCCUCGGAAGGGCCCGCCGUGUGGCCCCCUGACCCUCGGCCUGCUGGUGACGGGCGCCGUGAUCCUGCUAGUGGCCCUGGGUGUGGCCAGUCACCUGUACUGCCAGCGGAGGAGAGCCCGGAUCCGCUUCAUGAAGCAGCUUCAUAAAUGAGCAGAGACUAUGCUGCUGGUGUCCGGCAACAGAGAUACCUGGUCAGGAAAGAGCGAGAUGUGGAGAGAGGAGUGAGAGGGACACGCUGCCUGGGAAUUUCACUGAACUGCUGGAGCUGCCUGCUUUCACCACUGCAAGUUCUUCCUGUGGGCCUCGUGCGUGCUGGUCAUCUGGCCCCGGAGCACUUCCUGCAGCUCCGGGCACACGGGAGGACUGAAUCAGAAAAGCCACCCACACCACUUCCGCUCCCUGCCUGUCCUGGCCCAGCCCAGAGCCUGUGGUGUUGGCCAUCUAGCCACCAUCUGCAAGUUAUUGUACUUUGCCCUGUUGGGCCAUGACCUGGACUUCUGAGACUUGGGGCAGCGCUGCAUGGCUCCCCUUGUCCUCACAGGGAGCCCGGGGACCAGACCCAGAGGGAGGGCUGGCCCGGCUCUCAUCAUACACGUGUCUGCGGACCUCCUCUGGGGCUGGGAACUGGUGGUUGGGGGUGCAGGAGGUCAUGUCACCUCCCAUUAGGAACUUCCUUGCCUUUCAAUUCUGCCAUCUCAUGGCUUGUAUAUUUCUUCUCUCACUUUCCCUUCUUUUUAUAAAAAUGUCUUGGUUGUAAAAAUAAAGUCCUAAGCAAAAAA